AUGUCCGCUCCCACCACAACACCGACCGCAGACGAGUACGACGCCGACGAGCUUCUUGAACAGGAUCCCGAUGUCUCCACCAAGCCUUUCGUCGAACAGCGCGCUUUCGGACGCGGUCUGUGGAAGAACCCCAUCAAAUUCGUCUCUUCCGCCCCCGAAGUACAGCCAGCACCCACAUCCACAAACGGCAAGACCAUGGCCGAGAAGUAUCUUGCCAUAAUGUUUCCCAAUGGUCAGCCGCAACCAGCACCCGAAGCAUACCCUCGAUGCGGCAUAUGCGGCGAGCCCGUCAAAGAGACCGACCAGCGCAUACAUUACCUAAGCCCUGCACACCAGGCAGCACUUCCGCGAGCGCCCAUACCCUCCGCGAUCGAUCGGACAAGAAUGGGACUGAAAUACAUGGAGAAGCACGGCUACGAUGUCGAUGCGCGACAAGGCUUGGGUACGAGUGGUCAGGGCAUGCUCUUUCCGCUUGUUCCCAAGGAGAAGCGCGAUAAGCUGGGCUUGGGCAUAGACAAGAAAGAGCACAUCCAGAGGAAGUCGUUAGGUGGCGCAAGCCGUGCAGACGUCAGAGAGGGCAGGCUCGAUGCCGGCAAAGUUAGGAAGCUUGCCCAGGUCCAAAAGAGGAAGGAUGCGAAGUUGCAAAGGAUGUUCUACGGCAACGACGAGGUUGAGAAGUAUUUGGGACAGCUAGAGGGCUGA